AUGAAGUGCGUCUUGGUGGCCACAGAGGGAGCAGAGGUCCUCUUCUACUGGACAGACACGGAGUUUGAAGAGAGUCUGCGUCUGAAGUUUGGGCAGUCGGAGUACGAGGGAGAGGAGCUCCCUGCCCUGGAGGACCAGCUCAGCACCCUCCUGGCCCCGGUCAUCAUCUCCUCCAUGACGAUGCUGGAGAAGCUCUCCGACACGUACACCUGCUUCUCCACGGAGAACGGCAGCUCCCUCUACGUCCUUCACCUGUUCGGAGAAUGCCUGUUCAUCGCCAUCAACGGCGACCGCUCGGAGGCCGAGGGGGACCUGCGGCAGAAGCUGCGGGUGCUCAAGUUCCUGUUCGAGGUGCACUUCGGGCUGGUCACCGCGGACGGCCAGCUCAUCCGGAAGGAGCUGCGGCCCCCGGACGUGGAGCAGCGCGUCCAGGUGUGGGAGCACUUCCAGAGCCUGCUGCGCACCCACGGCCGCCUGCGCGAGCGGGAGCAGGGCUUCGCCGUGGAGGCCGUGGAGCGGCUCAUCCACCCGCAGCUCUGCGAGCUGUGCAUCGAGGCGCUGGAGCGGCACGUGGUCCAGGCCGUGAACGCCAGCCCCGCGCGGGCCGGCGAGGAGGCGCUGCACGCCUUCCUGCUGGUGCACUCCAAGCUGCUGGCCUUCUACUCCAGCCACAGUGCCAGCUCCCUGCGCCCCGCCGACCUGCUGGCCCUCAUCCUGCUGGUGCAGGACCUCUACCCCAGCCAGGAGGAUGACGGCGAUGACACUCAGCCUUCCCCACAGAGGCUGCCGAGCAGCCAGAACAUCCCCGUGCAGCAGGCCUGGAGCCCUGGUUCCGCAGGCCCCACCCGGAGCUCCACAGGGACUGAGACAGACAGCUCCCUCCCCGAGGAGUACCUCACCCCUGCUCCUUCCCCCGGGGAGCGGAGUUCGGGUUCAGGUAGCACCAUCUGGAUGGACGGGGGAACCCCACCCACAGAUGAUUCCCUGAUCCAGAUAGGAGAAGACACACUCCAGAUGCUGAUCCCCGGCUCCCCGGAGCCUUCCUGCCCUAGGCGGAUUUUCCUGGAUGCCAGUGUGAAAGAGGUGUACUGCCCCAUGGUGCCCCACACCAUGUACUGCCUGCCCCUGUGGCCCGGCAUCAACAUGGUGAUCCUGACCAAGAGCCCCAGUGCGCCGCUGGCCCUGGCCCUGUACCAGCUGCUGGACGGCUUUUCGCUGCUGGAGAAGAAGCUGAGGGAGGGGCCGGAGGCCCGGGGCUCCCUGCGCUCCCACCCGCUCCUCGGGGACCUGCGCCAGCGGAUGGACAAGUUCGUCAAGACCCGAGGGAGGCAGGAGCUUCAGAGCACCUGGCAGGAGUUCAAGACCAAGGCCUUCUCCAAAAGUGACCCCGCCUCGUCGCAGGAGCUGCUCCAGCUGUGCGGGAAGAUGAAGCGGCAGCUCUGCGCCAUCUACCGCCUGAGCUUCCUGAGCUCGGCCCCGAGCCGCGGGGGCCCGCAGCUGGCCCGGCACCUGCAGGACCAGGUCCAGAUGCUCAUGCAAGAGAAGCUGAUGGACUGGAAGGACUUCCUGCUGGUGAAGAGCAGGAGGAACGUCACCAUGGUGUCAUAUCCUCACGUCUGA